AUGGCGGAAGUGGUAAAAGGGAAUCGACAGCAGCAAGUGGGACAGAAGCUUGACUACUUUCCACCGGUAAUGAAGGACGGAGUGAAGGUAGUUAAACUAGAUCCAAAGGAAAUUGAGGAGCAGAAUCAGAAAUGGAGUUUAGCCUUGAUUGGGUAUGUCAUCGGAGGAAACCCUGCGUUUAAGGAGAUGCUCAAAUUCGUUUAUGGAGUAUGGAAUAUAGUCAAUACUCCUCAGGUAUAUCUCCAUAACGAUGGGUAUUUCCUAUUCAGAUUUGAUUGUGAGGAAGAUAAGUCUGCAAUUCUACAAAAUGGGCCAUACAUUUUUAAUUAUAGACCUCUUGUGCUCAAGCAAUGGAGUCCAGACUUUCAGAUGAGUGUGGAACCUGACCAAAAUGUUCCUAUGUGGGUAAUGCUUCCAAAUUUACCAAUACAAUUUUGGACUGCUGGGAACUUGGGAAGAAUAGCCAGCUGUUUAGGACGACCAAUUUGUACCGAUAAAUUGACAACACAGGAAGAUAGAAUUGCUUAUGCCAGAAUGCUAAUUGAAAUGGACAUAUCACAACCACUACCAGAUGAUAUUUCAUUAGAGAUGCCUAAUGGAAAAUGCCAUGUACAGGUGGUGGAAUAUGAGCGGAAGCCCUUAUUCUGUCAAGACUGUCUACAAAUGGGACAUGCUACAUGCAGCUGUAAGGAAAAAGUAGAUGACAAUGGCAACUGGAAACAACAACAAUUGAACAAAGGAAAGAAAAACCAAAAGAAGGAAUGGAGAGAAAAAAAUGAUACAACCAAAGAAGAAGGGAAGGAGCAGGAACUGAAUCCAGGAGAUAGGGCCCCAAUAGUGAAACAAUCUGAGAGCUUAGAAGAUGCAGAUAGCUUGAUUAUAAAUGGACAACAGACUGAAGAUAGACCAACGGUGAUAAUUAAUAGUAAAGAUGAUAGAGGGAAGCAAAAAAAUGCCAGAAGUGCAAGAUAA